CGCGCCAGUUUUUGCACCGGGACCGGAGAUCUCCAGCAGUAAGUUUUCUCGUCUUCAGCGGUAGUGAGGGGACAAAAACGUCUAUUUUAAAGUUGUAUUUGACUCACAGUUCACCUGGGCUUUUGGAUUCAGCUACUUGAUCCGCCUGUCAACAUUUGCGGCCAUGGCUCCUAAGGAUUAUGCGGCUGAAAAAGAAAAAUGCAAGAGGUUCCUGCAGGAGUUUUACACGGAAGAUGACUUUGGGAAGAAAGUGUUCAAAUAUGGAGCUCAACUUGUGGCGCUGGCUCACAGGGAGCAGGUGGGUCUCCACGUGGACCUGGAUGAUGUGGCUGAAGAAGACCCAGAGUUGGUUGAAAGCAUCUGUGAGAAUGCCAAGCGCUACACAGGCCUGUUCGCUGAUGCCAUCCAUGAGCUGCUGCCAGAGUACAGAGAGAGAGAUGUUGUGGCCAAGGAUUCCCUGGAUGUGUACAUUGAGCACAGGCUGAUGAUGGAACAGAGGGGUCGCGACCCAGCCGAGACCCGGGACCCUCGUAACCAGUACCCACCUGAACUCAUGAGGAGAUUUGAGAUCUACUUUAAAUCUCCUACCACCUCUAAACCCAAAGUGGUGCGUGACGUGCGUGCCGACAGCAUUGGGCAGCUGGUGGCAGUGAGGGGCAUCGUAACUCGCGCCACUGAGGUCAAACCGAUGAUGGUUGUUGCUACUUAUACCUGUGACCAGUGUGGUGCUGAGACAUACCAGCCAAUCCAGUCCCCAUCUUUCAUGCCCCUCAUCAUGUGUCCGAGCCAAGAGUGUGUCACCAACAAAUCUGGAGGUCGCCUCUACCUGCAGACCAGAGGCUCCAAAUUCAUGAAAUUCCAGGAGCUUCGUAUUCAGGAACAUAGCGACCAGGUGCCCAUUGGGAACAUUCCAAGGAGUAUGACUGUGUACGCCCGCGGAGAAAACACGCGUCUGGCCCAGCCGGGAGAUCACGUAGCAAUCACAGGAGUCUUCCUGCCUCUGCUGCGCACAGGCUUCAGACAGGCUGUCCAAGGUCUUCUGUCAGAGACUUACUUGGAAGCCCACUGCAUCACACUCAUGAACAAAACUGAGGAUGACGAGCUCGGUGCUGAAGAGCUCAGUGAGGAGGAGCUGCGCAGCAUCACAGAUGAAGGUUUUUAUGAGAAACUAGCAGGCUCUAUUGCACCGGAGAUCUUUGGACACGAAGAUGUGAAGAAGGCUCUGCUCCUGCUGCUGGUGGGAGGAGUACAGCAGGCCCCAAAGGGCAUGAAAAUCAGAGGCAACAUAAACAUCUGCCUGAUGGGAGACCCAGGAGUGGCCAAAUCUCAGCUGCUGUCAUACAUUGACCGCCUGGCUCCUCGAAGCCAGUACACAACAGGCCGUGGCUCGUCUGGCGUCGGUCUCACUGCAGCAGUGAUGCGCGACCCCCUGACUGGAGAAAUGACCCUGGAAGGCGGUGCCUUGGUGUUGGCUGACCUGGGCGUCUGCUGCAUUGAUGAGUUUGACAAGAUGGCCGAGGCCGACCGCACAGCCAUCCAUGAAGUGAUGGAACAGCAGACCAUCUCCAUCGCCAAGGCGGGCAUCAUGACGUCACUCAACGCCCGUUGUUCUAUUCUAGCAGCCGCCAACCCCGCCUAUGGCCGCUACAACCCCCGGAAGAGCAUUGAGCAGAAUAUUCAGCUUCCUGCCGCUCUGCUCUCCCGUUUCGACCUGCUGUGGCUGAUCCAGGAUAAACCGGAUGCCGACGCUGACCUGCGGCUCGCCCAGCACAUCACCUACGUCCACCAGCACUGCCGCCAGCCACCCACACACUUCACCCCGAUUGACAUGAAGCUCAUGAGACGUUACAUCUCCCUGUGUAAGAAGCGGCAGCCUGUUGUGCCUGAGUCGCUGGCUGAUUACAUCACCGCCGCCUAUGUCGAGAUGAGGAAAGAAGCCCGUGUUAGCAAGGACACCACCUUUACCUCCGCUCGUACCCUCCUGUCCAUCCUGCGCCUGUCCACUGCACUGGCUCGCCUUCGCAUGGUUGAGACUGUGGAGAAGGAGGAUGUCAACGAGGCCAUGAGACUGAUGGAGAUGUCGAAGGACUCCCUGCAAGCUGACAAGUCAAAUACCACAAGGACCCAGCGGCCGGCCGACGUGAUCUUCUCCCUGCUGCGGGAGCUUGCCACAGAGGGCGUGGCGGGCCGCGGUGGAGCUGGCGGUGUGGUGCGCAUGGCCGAGGCGGAGCAGCGCUGCAUCUCGCGUGGCUUCACCCCCGCCCAGUUCCAGGAAGCCUUGGAGGAGUAUGAGGAGCUGAACGUGUGGCAGAUCAACCAGGCCCGCACCCGCAUCACUUUUGUAUGAGGGGGCGCUGGUACUAGCCUCACUCAUGGGACACUUAUUAAUAAAUGCUUUGUUGUAGCCACCUGAGGCGAACUCUUCAUACAGGCUUCUGUCAGACUCUGUUUUUCCUCUUUCAGCCUAUUACAACAUUUAUAAGUCAGGCAGAGUCUGGACAUUUUUAGCAUGACCAUUUUGCAAUUAGGAAUAAUGCCUGCUGUUGCAGAUUCCUAGCUGUGCUUUUUUGUUAAAGGUUUAUUUGAUAAAUGCUUGUAAAUAUGUAUUUUGUAAGCAAUCUGUUGGAUGUGGUAUUUGCAGUACCAUCUGCAGUGUAGGCUUCCAGUUGAGUUUCUCUGACACUCUGAGCAUUCCUGUACAUUUUCUAUAUGCAGUUGCUAGUUAAUAAACUGAUGGUCCAUCAC